AUGUCAUCAACAACAUCACAAAAAUUUCGUGAUUUUACAAGUGAACCAUUGAAAGAUAAACAUCUUAAUGAAAUACCUGGCAUUGGACCAAAAUUAGCAAGUAAUUUGGAAGGAUCUGGUAUUACAAAAGGUUAUGAAUUAUUGGGUGUUUAUUUAACAUUAUUAAAAAAUAAAGAAUAUUUUGAACUUUGGAUACGAGAUAAUGCUGGUGCAAAUCGUCAUCAAGCUAAACAAUGUGCUGAUGCUAUUGAUGCAUUUUGUUCACAAUUUCUUUAA